UCCAUAAUCGCCUGCGCAAGCCUUGCCUCUCCUAUUCCCUCGCCGUGUGUAAUGCUCAGACCAUAGACCAUGACGACGUCUUCUCGUAGCUCCAGAAGCAGCAACUCUCCGCCCCUCGUCAGCUUCUCCUGCUCGGCCAUCGCAUGGGCUCACACUCUCCUCGGCUUCGGAGCAUUCUUUGGCGCACUCGUCCUAGCCUUAAGCCUGCACUACAAGAGAGUCGUCAAGAAUGGAGUCGCAGGCUACCCUGAUGAAUGGUGGCCAAGUGUAAGCGCGACCAUCGGUGACUGGCCUCAAGAGCGGUCGAUCCUUCAGAUCUUCAUUGCAAUGAUGUCCGGUCCUCGAUUUGCGCUGGUCUUGCUUUCUGCGCUCCUAGUCUCUCUUUCAACGCCAACCUCAAAACGCUCGCUUCUACUGAUGGCUACAGGGCUGCUGCGCACAUUCUCUUGUGCAGGCUGGGUCUAUUGUACUUCGACGGACUUCCCGUUUGUCCACGACGUAUCGAUGAUCACUUACCUCGUUCUGACUCCAUUCUGGAUGUUCAUCUCUUGGGGAUCCCUGGCUCCUCAGCCGAAUAAGCGGACCGAUCUAGCUCAUCAGGACAGUGACGCUACUACUGUCAAGGCGAGGAGAAACCGCAGAAACACAGCAAUCGCCUUCUUCGCAUCGAUACCCUUCAUGUGCAUCUUUUACUAUCGUCACAAGGUUCUCAAGAUACCCGGAGCAUAUACCAUCUACUCUUUCUUCGAAUGGAACCUAAUUAUUCAGGACCUUCUUUUCGAUUGCUGGGCGAUGUACGACCUGGGCCGUUUGGAGAUUCAUAUCGUCGAAGCUGCAGGCCCUUCGACCGCUCCAACCCUGGGAGGUUCGUGGUGGAGGGGAGGUACAAUCAAAGCUGUCAAAGAGGGAGCUUGGAGUACAGUCCCGCAUCUCGACGUGGGGACCGCUCCAUCAGGAUCCUCAAGUUCGCAGACCUCUAAAUACGAAAGGGCAGAAGUAGAUGCCAUGCUUGACGUCGACAAUGGGAAGACCAAGGGCCUGUCAGCUGCUGAGAGCACUCCACUGAAGUCCACUCUCAGUCUACUAUCCGAUUCCUACAUGGCCUUCCUGUGGUGGACCACCUUGACUGCGUUGCACCCCACUAUCUUCUUCUUUUCCGUCUACAAUCUCUCCAUUGGAGGCCACGAGAUUCUCCUCUUGACUCAGCUGUUUGCCUUAGCUGCCUGUCUGAUCCCCUCUGUGCGCGACUCUUUGCUCACUUCGAAGCAAACGGUCAAGCCGGCCUCAUUCAAGUGGAGGGGCAUGAUGUGGGCGCUCACUUUGAUCUCGAUUGGCAGCUGGUGGAUCCCAGGCCCUCUAGUGAGACUAGGGCUGUGCGGCCUCGCAAGCGCCAGCGCCUCGGUGAUGCAUGCGCUCGAGUGGGGUCUGGCUUGGCAAGGUGGUCAGGAAAAGAUCGCAAAGAAGGUUUUCGUCUGGCUGGUGGGGCUCAGUCUGAGCUCAUUGGCCAAGUACGCCAACCAUAGCAACAACCCCCUAUGGCCCUUCAUGAAUGCAAGCAACGGAGGGCAUCAUAUAUUGGGCCUGGCCGUCGCAGGCCUGUGUCUCUUUGAGGCAUUGAAGAGAAAGGAGGAAGAGUCAGUGCAGCGUACAAGGCAGCCGCAAUCUAAGCAGAGCGAAGCAGCUGCUGCCCUCGGUCUAGGUGCCUUGCUGUUUGCACUGCAUAUGUUCCUGACGGAUUCGGGCAGUAUGAUCGCCUGGGGCUGGACCGGCUAUCCGAUCAAAGGUCCGAUGGCCAUACCUCACGGUUGGAUCAUCUUGACUAUUGCCUUGAUGAGUACAGGUGCCACCAUCCUCAAGCCAUCGCUUGGCUACAACACAGCGCUUGUCGUUCCACUUGCCAUUAGCAACGCUCUGUUGCUCCUUCUCGACGAUUGGUAUUCAUUCGCAGGGGCUGUCGGUACUGCAGCAACACUUCCUUUGCUCGCCUUCCCGCUGGCUGAAACCGCGAUGAGGCAUCACCCAAUCAGAGUGAUGAUGUGGAGCUGGUUCGUGGCGGACUUGCUGACCUUCUUCCAGGUCUUGACCGUCGCAUACGCCUUUGUACCUGGUGGCAUGCCAUUCAGGGAGAGGACAUGGAUAAUGCUCAUCGUGCAGCUCAUCUUGCUUACGGUUGGUCUACGUAACGCAACGCAGCAUUCCCCUGCUGCUCGUGCGUCACUGUCAACAUCCGUGUUGACGGCCGAAGUGAAGAAAGCGAGCCUGGUACUGCUUGCCUCUCUAUCCCUACUGAGCUUCAUUGUCGCUCAAUUGCGUACAGUCGAUCCUGCGACUAUCAAGCCGUAUCGAGCCGAAGACGGCAGCCGGCUUUUCACUGCGGGUAUACAGACUAUCCACUUUGGCCUUGACCAGCUCUUCUACGACUCCUCGCGUAGGAUGUCGACUCUAUACGAGGACCUAUCGCUGGACGUCUUUGGCCUCUUGGAGAGCGAUCUGCACCGUAGCGUGUUCGGCAACCGAGACUUGACGCAGUAUCUUGCAGAGAGCCUCAAGAUGUACGCCGACAUUGGACCCGGACCAGACAAGCACACCUGGGGUGCAGCUCUGUUCUCCAAAUUUCCGAUCAUCAACUCAACGCAUCAUCUUAUGCCUUCCCCAGAUGGUGAAUUGGCUCCAGCUAUUCAUGCUGUCCUCGAUGUCUAUGGCACCCAUGUCAAUGUCUGGGUCAGCCACAAUGGUCAGGAGGAGACGCCUCUCGACCGUGAGCUGCAGACGAAGUACAUCGCUCAGAUGGCAAGAGACACGUACCCGCAACCGCUCGUCGUUCUCUCUUACCUGGUUACCCGCCCGCAUGCCCCAUCCCCUUCGCCUUACGGCAUUCUUUUCCAAUCAGGCCAAGUCUACGACCCAGAGCCAACAGAUCGCGAUCGCUGGUGCCAGUACAUGGGCUUCCGCUCCCUGGAAAAGAUCGGCUACGCGCGCGUCUCGCGCUACACCCUUAGCGAUACCGAGCUGCAAACGGUCAAGCUGCGCGUGCCUCUCCCUGGUCAGGUGGUGGAUCCCGAUAGGGAUGAGCGAGGGAAAUUGGUGACCCAGAGCGAGAUCGACGUACCCCGUGAGGCCCUCUACCCGGACAAGUUCAUCGAUCCGCCUGCAAAGGUGUACAACAAGCACAAGUACACGCCCUUUUACUAUCCCAGGUACUACAUGCCGGGUGAGCCGGAAUUUGACUGGAAUGCCUGGCUCACGGCGGCGAGACAUGGUUAAGCGGAGGCGUGCCGCGUGACACGUGCUUGUUGUGGGGAGUAUGGCCGCCAUCAAAAGUAAUACCAUUUCAUGAGCAUGGUAUCAGAUGA